CAGAGGCUCAGAGCAACAACUUUGCUUUUCCAGUUUCUUCAAGCCAUGGAAGCUACUGCAGCUGUCAAAUUCCAUGUAAACCGCUCCUGCAUUGUCACGGCCUCGAGAAACAGAUCACCUGUUCUCUCCUUUGAAUACCUUACUUACCGGAACAGAAGCUUUUUUCCUUUCUCCCUCACAAUCACAAGAUGCUCCACCACCAAAAGUAGUGAAACGGGUCAAGGUUCGACCUUUGAGUCAUCAAUCUCUUUGAAGAGAGGGCUGGUUCUUGAUCUUGGCAUAUCUAAGGACUCUUGGGACAGUGAGGAGAUUGGUUCUCCGGUUGUGAAGAGAUUUCUAAGCGAUAACGAAGAGAGAUGGUACAUGUGGUACCAUGGAAGCUCCAAGCAAAACCCUGUUUCAGAUUCUAUUGGAUUAGCGGUUUCAAACAAUGGGAUUCAUUGGGAGAGAGGGGUAGGUAAGGUUGAGUCAAACGAAGAUGUGGGUUUGGUUAUGAGCAAUGGUGAAGACUGGUGGGGAUUCGAUACUGCAAGUGUUCGACCCGGUGAAGUUGUGAUAAGGUCGAGUUCUAAAGUCAGGGCUGAUAGCUCUGUUUACUGGAUGUACUACACAGGCUACAAUACAGAGACGGUUGAGUUUCAGUCCCAAGGUUUCACUUCCGGGUUUGGGAAUCCAGAAAGGUUUCACCUUUGUGAUGAGAAUGUUGAGAAAUCUAAGGUUUAUAUGUCACUCCCUGGGUUAGCAAUCAGUCAAGAUGGUAGGCAUUGGGCUAGAAUUGAAGGUGAGCAUCAUAGUGGGGCUUUGUUUGAUGUUGGGUCUGAGAAAGAUUGGGACUUUCUCUAUAUUGCAUCUCCACAUGUAGUUUUCCAUGGAGAUGGUGAUCUAAGGAUGUAUUACCAUUCAUUUGAUGCUAAUACCAGCGAAUUCUGUAUUGGGAUGGCGAGGUCUAGAGAUGGGAUCAAAUGGUUGAAAUUGGGAAAGAUCAUAGGAGGAAGAAAAUCCGAGAAGGAUGGAUCCAGUUUCUUCGAUGAGCUUGGAGGAAGAUAUCCUUGUGUGUCAAGGAACAAAAGAGAUGGGAGUUAUAUGAUGGCCUAUGAAGGUGUAGAUAGAACCGGGAAAAUGAGCAUUGGUUUGGCGGUUUCGAAAGACGGGAUUAAGGACUGGAAACGGGUUCAGGACGAGGAAGCGGUGGUUGCAGUUGGUGAAGGCGGUGCGUGGGACAAUGAAGGAGUAGGGUGUCCAUAUUUGAUUGAGAUGGAUGGAGACUCUGAUCAUCAAUGGAGAUUGUAUUACAGAGGUGUUGGUAAUAAUGGCAGAACAGGGAUAGGCUUGGCUGUAUCAGAAGGGAAUGAGAUCACUAAGUUUACAAAACAGAGUGGGAUUCACUUGUGAGAGUGAGACACUGAGACUAACUAACAAAUCAAUCUCUUUUGCUUUGAAUAUUGGUAAUGGAUACACUUUGGUAUUAAAGAGUUUUGAUUAAGCGGUUUAAAACA